AAACCAGAGGCGCCCCCCCUUCCCCCGCCGUUCCGAAAUCCGUUUGUUUCGCACCGUGCAAGCAAGACCAGGGGCGCGGCGAUCAAAAGCUGAGACCCUGACACCGCAACUGCCGACGACACCUCCCAUUCCAAUCGCCAAUUCGCCAUCACCGCCUGGAGCUGUUCCCCUCUACAAUCUCUACCCCCGUCGCUCGUCAGGCUCCUCGAGAUGGAUUCAAGCAAUGCUCAAUCUGAAGGUUCAGCCCCAUCUGUUCCAAAAAACCCUGCCAUGGCUUCAUGCCGGAAGAAGAAAACCGAUGAUGCUACCUUCCUCGAAGAUCUGAAAGACCACAUCGAUGAGUUCAUUCAUGCAUCCAUGGAUGAGCACAAGACCUGCUUUAAGAAGACAAUUCAGAAGAUGUUUGGGAUGUCAAAGGCUGUUGCAGAGCGAUCAGCUGCAGGGGCAAAGGAAGCUGAAGUUGAAAGUGCUUUGCCUCUUCAGACCAGUGUCUCGCAGUAGAAUGUAAUGGCGGUGGUAAUCUGUUGCUCUGUGUUAUCUGAAAAGCUGAAGUGCCGUCCGUAGUAUGUUUCUGUUACUGGGUUCUAGUGUCUCAUUCUCCCAAGUUUGCUUUAUGAGUGCUAGUAUGUCAUAAAAUAGAUUUUAAACGAUAGGAGUGCAAGUUUGGGAUUGAAAUAUCGCCGUGCUUAUAUUGGUUUCUGAUGUUGUAAUAAUCAAGUUAAUCCAGGAUCAAUUCAGUUUAACU